AUGCCAAACACAAUCCGAUGUCUGUGUGUGUUCGCUCUACUUAUUUUGUCGAUAGAUUCUGAACCAAUAAGGAAAGGAAAGAGACAUCAGGUGGUGAUAGUGGGGGCUGGAGUAUCAGGGUUCACAGCAGCGGCCACCCUCCUGGAGCACAAUGUCACUGACCUGGUCGUGCUGGAGGCUGCAGACAGGAUUGGCGGCAGGAUACAUACCGUCGAAUUCGGUGGUGUUGUGAUAGACAGAGGCGCGGAGUUCUGCCACGGCGAGGUUGACAAUGUGGUCUAUGAUCUUGUCGGUCCUCACGACCUACUGACGUCGUACGAUGCCUUGACAACACCAGAGCAAUGCCUCAUAAUCAAACACAACCGGGCAUGA